AAUAAAGACUACUUAUGUCAAAGUUUACUGAGAGGAAGAACUACACCGUAAAUAAAUGUUGCGGAUAUGGUGCUUUCUGACGCUAAAAUCUUCUUAAUUUGAUCUUGUUUGGCCUAAGAAAUGUUCAAUUCUGAAAGUAUUGGAAGGCUUGUGCAUGUAAAUCUUGCAACACAGCAGCGACGGCUUCGGCAUUUGCGAAGUUUAUCUGCAAGAAAUAUUCAGGCAGAUAAAUCUAAUGGAGAAAAGGAUGCAUUAAUGGAAACUUACUUCACACUACACACAUUCACUAGUCAACAAGCAAUCUAUGUCAGUGAAAAGAUACUAGAUUCUUUGAACCCAACAUGGAGAAGUUUUGACCUGUCCAGAUCAUGUGAUGAUGUUGAUACCGCCCUCCCUGGGCUCAUGGUUCGGGUGUGGGGCGGUAGGAACGAACAGUUCAAGCUGAUCAUAGAGUGGAAAGUGGACUUGCAAGGGUUACGCUAUCUAGGAGAAUACAUUAAUAAUGACAAUUUAAAGUACCAUCCAAACUCACUGAUAUUUGGAAUGUUUGAUGGAUUUUAUGGAGCUUCAGAAAAGGACAGGACAAUACAAACAUAUGGAAGUGGUGUUGACGAAAAAUUAGAGGUAGAGCAGAAUUCUGUAAGCUUGAGUUACACAACAUAUUCCCUUUCAAGAGUCCAUACAGCUCAGCGUGCAAUAAAACAAACUCAAGUUUCCGUUGGUAAAGUUCAACAAAAAAUAGAGCAACAAUUACAACAGUCGCAACAUAAGACACAAAUAUUUUCAGAAAAGGAAUCAUUAGCAUUAAGGGUGUCCAUGUUAAGGAAUGAAGUUCGCCAUCAACGAAAGCUACUGAAAGCUGAAAAAGAAAAGGCUGAUGUCUCAGCGACUUCAUUAAAGGACAAAGUAAAUAAGUUUGCCACAACUAAGGAGAAUUUUAAGAAGGAUAAGGAACGGUUGAAGGAAAGAAAAGCCGAGUUGUAUAAAAGAAGAGAAUUGUUGAGUGAAACAAGUCGAAAUUUAACAACAAGAAAACGUCAGCUGAUUGGUGAGUUAUCUGACAUUUAUCCAAUCGUAGAGCAGCAGGAUCACACCUAUUCCAUUCUGGGAGUUAAAUUACCUAAUGCAGAGGAUUAUCCAGGCACAGACGACAUGACGAUUGCAGUCGCCCUCGGCCACACUUGUCACUUGCUGCAGAUGAUAUCGCACAUACAAGUCGUACCCUCACGGUAUCCCAUGAUGCAUCUCAGCUCCCGUUCCGUCAUUAAAGAUCAUAUAACCAAAGUGCUUGCCGAUAAAGAUAGAGAUUUUCCCUUAUAUACAAAAGGCAAGGAGCGUUUUCAGUUCCGGUAUGCUGUUUAUCUGUUAAAUCGAAACAUCGCACAAUUAAGGUAUUCGCUUGGGCUUAGUACUUCCGACCUGAGAGCUACGUUGCCGAAUCUGAAGAGUCUUCUUGAGAUGAAGUGGGGAGUGAACAUUGAAAAUCCAAAAUUAACAACUAUUUAUCAAGAUCAACGGAAGCAUGCUUCUGUUGCAACUGGUACACAGAGCAAAGUACGCGAAACACCACAGUCUCUUGUUAACAAACCCAAUACAAGUGCAAACCAGAACGGAAACUCUCUGAUAUCACCACCUCCAUCAUAUGAAUCAAGCAUGAAAGGAUACACAAAUCCUGCCAAUGCUCCUGCCAAACCAGCUUUUUCCGGUAAUCUGGGGAACCAGAAUAAUGAAAAUGUAAAAGAAGACACAAACAAUAAGAAAUUACUGAACUCCUCUGAUCAGGUUGAACCUGCCAACUCAGUACAGAGUCUUUGUAGAGAUGCUGUCAUUGCAGACAAUCAUCAAAGUAAUGGUAUCAUAGAGGGCGCUGAUGCCAUUAAUUCUGAUCAUGUAGUUUUAACAGAGAACAUGUCUGGUCAAGAGACAAUAGAAGCUAAUCUGACAGGCCAAUUGAACCAAGACGCAUCUGAAGGUGCAGGUGAGAUCUUCCACUUCGAUGACAUCCACAGUCGAGCAGAUGCAUUACAGCAUCACCGACAGAGCUUCUCAAGUUUCAGAGCAAGUUCAGAUGUCGUUAGCAAGAAUAGCAAGGAAAACAAGAAAUUAUGAUAGUAUUUUCCAAUUAUUAAUGUUAAAACAGAUGCCACUGCAGGAGUGUAUCCAGGAUGUUUCUGCAUGGUGCAUGCAGCACCAAUCGAGGACUCUGGUCAAAUGGGGACGGUGUAGAGGGGUGUCCCCUUCCUUUUAGUUGGGUCCUAGGAGUUAUGGCCACUUGAAACUUUGGAAUUUUAGCCAUUUUAAUCUAAACUAUUUUACGCUUGGUUAGAUUCCUCUUUUGCCACUCCCUGGAUCCAUUGCAUUCCUAAACAAGUAAUUAAAAUAGCUUUUAAUGUAAUCAUAAUCAGCAUCUUCAGUAGUAAAUUAUACAUAAAUGUAUUUUAAUGAUUUUAUGUUACAUUGUAAGAAUAACUACAAAAUGGGUCUGUUUUCCUAUUCUAAAAAUAGAUUGUAGCCUAUUUGAAGCAUGCAUGACACAUCCUCAGAUUUCAGAAGAAUUGUAACCAAAUUUGGCACUUUUCGUGUCAACAUUUUAAUCCUAUUAUUCAUAGUAUGUAUUAGUAUGGUUCAGCCAGGAUGUGGCUCCAUUUAAUGUUUACUAGCCAGCCAUCAUUACCUUCCCAUCAUGCUUUCAUUAAAUAGUAAACGUUGCAAUAUUAGGUGUGCUGUAGAACACAAAGCAUACCCCAAAAAAUCUACUUAUAACAAGUUAUAUAAUUAGUUAUUUAAGUUGUAUAAUGUUUGCAUUUAAUUCAUGGGACUUUGCAUUAUGAUUAAUAUGCUAUUUCACCCAGCAUGCAAAUCCAGGGCAGAUCUGGAUUCGAAAAAAAAUAUUUUUGCAAUAAAAUUUGCAAAAUUGAUAGUCAAAAUGUGCUCCCAUCAUUCAUCUCUUAGGAUCUCCUUUAUUAAAGUUUGUAAAAUUUUGACAAAAUUAUAAUAUUAAAAACAUAAAAUAGAUUACCAUGCUGACUACACAGAGUGCAACAAUUUAAUUUUUCCAUAUUCAUUUAUUAUUUAGCAUUUUGAAUUACCAAACUUGUAAUAAUAUAAUACAAAUACAAUACUGACCCUAUUUACAAUGUCAAAUAAUAAAUAAAUAUUGUUAAAGUAUUUAAAUUUUUUAUUAUAAUUUAGAAUAAAAUCUAGACCUAAAUAUCAAGGAAAACUUUAAAUCAUGCAAAGAAUCAUUCAAGUUAUCUACUUUCAAUGUUACAGUAAAACAAUUCAGUUAUUGCUAUGUACAAAAUCUUUAGGCUCUUUCCAGGUUAUCAAAUUUUCUUCACCAAAAACACUGAUUGUAUGCCCAUAUAUAGUCACAAUGUGCCUAUAUAUGGUCAUGAUGUGAUGUCAUCAUGACCAUACUUGGGCGUCACAUGCUUUUGUCAAAUAAAAUUUUAUAUUUUGGACAAGGCUUUAAAAUGACUUAUCCAAAGCAUAUAGAAAAGGAAUUAUUUAUGCAUCUUUUAAGUGGUAAAUUUCUCUCUCUAUAAAUUUUUAAUAAAGGUAAUUACUUAAAUAUACAAAGAAAUCCACAUUUAAUUUUUUUCUUUAAUGCAUUAGAGUAACUUAAACUUAUUCUAUUGACAAAAAUAUUUCAACCGGUAGUACUGUAAUCAAUUUACGGAUUUCUAUAGCAAGAUAUUAAGGUUUUAGGGCAUUUUCAGAUGUUUUGGUAUCAACAAGUAUUUUAUUGUUUAUUAUGCAACAGACAACUCAGCUGAAUCAUUACUUAAUUUUUGCAUAAAUUAACAUUUAAUUAUUGUGCGACUCAAGCAAAAUUAAUCAUGAACAAAAAAUAUUACAUUUGUCUCAGAGGGUAAACUGACUGCCAUUUCUUAUACAAUAUCUUUGAUAUUUCAACAUUGUUUAAAUCUCAAAUUUUAUUAAAUUCCUUAUAACAAUUAUACAAAUAUUGAAAGCAUUUGUACAUUAUAUAAUAGGAUUACUGUAUUGUAUUAUAUUCAUUUCCCCCUCCACUUCCCAAAAACAAAAUAUUGUAUAUGGUGAUUACGAUUGUUGUAGAAAUACUGUAAAAACAAACCUACAAUUUGUUGUUUAUGUUGUAAAUGUGAAUAAAUACAUGAAAGUUUAUAAAGAGUACCAUUAAAUAAAAAAUGUCCAUACUACAAACUCUGACUGUUGUUUCAUUACUCCACAAUGACAAUUUUAUUUUUUUCCUCAAGCCAUAUUAAAAUGGCAAUACAGUGUGGUCCAAACAUAAAUUGUAUUUUAAGCAAAUUAAAUACAGUACUGUAUCCUGUCAUUUCUUUCAUUAAUAAUAUACAAUACUAGCCUUUCUAAUGUAGUACAGUACAAGUUGAGAAUAACUUUUAAUAACUGUUACAACACAAUGUCAUAUAUAGUAUCUUUUAUGUGCAGUUCGAUUUUUGAAAAUUGAUAUAUAAUAUAUAUAAUAUGCUGGUGACUUUCAACAAUGGCAAUAAAAGCUGUCAUUUACAGUACUGUACAGUACAUGUAUUGUAUGCAAUUAGUGAUCAUACAGACUGUUGUUAUUUCGGUUGUGAAAACGAAAAUGAUUAAAAUCUAACAUUGAAAUUCACAGUGGUAAAGGAUAAGUUUGGCCUACAUCAUUAACAGAACGAAUGUUACUCUGUUCUAUUUAAACCAUGCAAGAUUCUCUUGCGCAGUAUUCAAAGUUUGCAAACCUGACGUACUGCACAUAAUGCAUGCCUUCUUAUUAAUCCAGUGGUACUGUAGGAGGGGAAUUGCCAUUCAAGGAGGGUUGAAUGUAUGUUUAACUUUUCCAGACCAGAUUUUUGGAUGAUUACAAAUCUAAAAGGCGAUCAUUGAUAUCAGCUCAAAACUGACCUAAAAAGUAUUACGUUGAUGCUUUUUAUGUACAGUAUAACAAUAAGUAUAACAAUAAAUCAGUAUGAAAAGUGCCAGUCAAAUCCUUUGCAUGCUAGAGAAAGUGAAAUAAACUGCUGUUUUUGAAAGCCUCCCAAGACUAACAAGAAAUUUACAACCCUUCCAUUAAAACCAGAUAUAUAUAAAAAUUCCAAAAGCGAAAUAAAUUGAGUGAAAGCCCUUUCCCAAAAGACAAUCCAUACAAUAGACAUAAUGUACUGUACAAUU